AGAGAGGAGAGAGCAAGAGGCACUGCUUUCACCCUAACCAAUAAGAGGAGCAUCUGGAAGUGGCUUUUCCCAAACAAGGCACCAGGGAGCAGGGCUUGGGAGGCAUGUGAGAAACCGUGCCCCGGCCUGGAGGGCAAGUGAGCUCUGGGAAUCCAAGAGAAAGGAAGGAGUAGAGGCUGCGUCUCUGGAAGGCACUUGCGCUGGUUGGGAAAGAGGUAGGCAAGCCAGGGGGGAGCUGAGUUGGAGGGGAGGCACUGGAGGGUAAAGACCCUGAAGCCACCACAGCCGGACGGUGCCUGGUUCUUGCAUGGACCCAGUGUGACCCCAGGGAGGUCUGGACCAAGCAGCAGCCAGGACCAGUGCAGGAGUCCACUCCAGUGGCAAUGCUGCUGCGCCUGCUGGAAGCCGAGCUGCUCUUGGCUUCCCUGAUCUCCACGCUGGAGUCGCUCUCUGGGCCCUUCAGGCAAUUCUCCGCCGAGCAGACAAGCAGUGAAUCUUGUCCUGGGAAUAAAAUCUUGACAGUGAAGUAUUCCUGCACAGGCUCAGGUGGGAGCCCAGCCACCUGUUUACGGAGGCAGUGCUGCGAGGGCUACAGGUUUGUGAUGGGCCAGUGCAUCCAUGAAAGUGUGGACGUGUGUGCAGAGUUCCCUUGUGAGCAGCAGUGCAUGGAUAACUUCGGCCGCAUCCUGUGCACCUGCUUUCCUGGCUACCGGUUUGACAGGGAGCGCCACAAGAACCACCUCCACCCGUACUGCCUGGACAUCGACGAGUGCUCGGAGGGCACCAGGGCCAUGUGCGACCAGCUCUGCACCAACAUGCCGGGGAGCUAUCGCUGCCAUUGCCAGCAGGGCUAUCACCUCGCAUCCAAUGGGAGAACCUGCUUGAAAUCUGGGAAUGUGACUCCAGCAGCCCAAUCAGAGAUCUUGAUGGGUGCCAGAUCAUGCUCCAUAACCUGCGAGGAAUUCAGCAGCAUGAAACAGGCAGUCUCCCAGCUGAAACAGAAGCUGCUAGUUGCUGGCCUGGAUCACAGCAGCGGAAAGCCCUCAGUGCGGGGUAACCGGAAACCAGCAGCCCCCUUGCACUGCUCUCCCGGCCCAGGGCUGCCGGGCCCACCUGGACCCCCAGGUGAGCCGGGCACAGCAGGGGAGAGAGGGAGUCCAGGCCCAAUGGGCCCCCCGGGGCCUCCGGGAGUGCAGGGGCCCAGAGGAGACCUUGGGCCGAUGGGACCAUAUCCUGACUUUGCCCAUAUCAAAAUUGGACGCAGGGGACCAGUGGGCGCUCCUGGGGCACCUGGAAGGAAUGGCCUGAAGGGUGAACGAGGAUACCCUGGUCCCCAAGGGCCACCGGGCCCUCCCGGCUCCUUUGACUUCCUCCUCCUCAUGAUGGCUGACAUCCGGAAUGACAUCAUUGAGCUGCAGGAGAAGGUUUUCGGCCAGCGGCGGAGGAUGGAGUUUGAGCUGCCGCCGGCCAGGAGCAAAGACCCAGAUGUGCGUGAUUUGGGGUCUGGGCAGGAGGAGUCGCUGGGACCUAGAUCUGCACGCUCAACCACAUGACCUCCGUGCCAGCAUUUGCUGCCCUGCAACCACACUCAUACUUCAGAGGACCAUGACACUCCAUGGAUGCUGGACACGGCAGAUGUCUGGCCUGAGGAAACUGCUCUGAUCUGCCCUUACAGUUGCCUUCCAGAGUCUAUUUAUUACAACAGUCGGAUGUUAUUUUUUUACAAGCAGGAUGAUGGGAGAGGCUGCAUUUUUAUAAGGAUGUUUCUACCUCCCUAAGAGUAAGUGGGACCAGCAGGAUAAUGUCCAGAUCCAUGGAAACCCUGGCUGGGCUUCUCAUCAGCAGCCCAGAUCACGCUGGCAGGCUGCCUUCAGGUGAAUAGAAGAAGCAUGUUCCCAGACCUUCCCCCAUUGGAAGUCAACUGGAAGUAAAGUAUUUAAUUUAAUUUGGCCAUUGGCUUCUUCAGUCUGCCUAAGCUUCCCAGAAGAACUAGAAGUGGGGAAAGGGAGACAGGUGCCUAGGGUUCACAUUAUGAGGGGAAAUUGGUUGUUGUAAUCCACCCAUCGAGUGCUCACAGAUAAGCGGGAAGGAAGGAGUAAAGCCCAGAGAGGCAAGACAGUCCUCUCCCUUCCACCCGUCACAGGCCAGGAUCAGUGGUGAUUUCAGUGUGUGCAGUAGGCUGGGCCCAUCCAAAGGAAAAUUCCCUCAGUGACUUCAAAGCUGACUGUGUUUCACAUACCCACUCCUAGCGGCAUGGGAGGCCACUACCAUCAUGGCAAACAGAGCUGGGUCAUUGGGAGCUCAUUGGUUUUGAUCCACAGAGCUGAAGCGUGAUCCCCCCACUAGCCAAUGACCCACCCAAAACCGUGGUUUAGCCUUCCCUUAGGCAGACAAGGUACAGCGAGCAGUCAGGGGAAGAUCACCACCCAUGCCGCACUCUCAGAAUCACAAGAGGAGAUCUUGCCAAGCACACGCCUGAGGAUAGUCAUCUAGAAGCCAAAUGCAGGUGGGAAUCUCAGCUGAUGUCACCCAAAACUUGUUGUGGACUUCAACUUGUAGAUUGCAUGAAUCUAGACCCUUCUUCUUGUCAAUGACAUGAAUGUAGGUUGGUAGUCUUAGAGUGAUGUUGUAGCCAUGAUAGUCCAGGAAUGAUGAGA